AUGGCGGCAGCGUCGGCUGUGUGGGACUUUUUCACGGUCUCAGUGAAAGAUCUCCGUUCAGCUAUUUGCAAGACUUGUUCAUCAGACAUUUCAAGAGGGGGUAAUACGAACAAAGACUUCAACACCACAAAUCUAAAAGCUCAUCUGAAAAGCAGACACAUUGAUCAAUACAAUGAUUUCCUGAAAGCUGAUAAGAAGCGGCAAGAUGCACUGGCUGUCAAGAAAAUGCAAUCCACCAGUAAAGCCAAAACUCUAUCAAUAGCAACAGCAUUUGAGAAAAGGAAUAAAUUCCCCAUGGAUAGUGCCAAAGCUAAAAACCUCAAUAAGAAAGUUAUGGAGUUCAUCGCAUUAGACGACCAGCCUUUCUCUGUUGUGGGGGAUGUGGGUUUUCGAGGUCUGGUGGAGUAUAUGGAGCCCCGCUACACACUUCCCAGUCGCCGUCAUUUGGCCGAAGAGUUCACAGGCUCCCACGCCGCAAAUUUUAUCUCAGAGACUUUUGAGAAGAUGUUUGAAACAUGGAAAAUUCCAAAGUCCAAAGUCCAUGUUGUCGUGAGGGAUAAUGCCAGAAAUAUGGCGAAAGCCAUGAAGGACAGUAAGCUGAAUAGCUUUGGUUGCACGGCGCACUCUCUGCAACUAGUAAUUCAUGAUGGCGUUCUGACCCAGCCCAGCGUCGAGAAAGCGUUGGCAAUAUGCCGAAAAAUAGUCGGACACUCUAAACAUUCACCGCUUGCCUACUCGCGCCUGCAGGCUGUACAGACGAAAGUAAAAAGACUACAGCAAGAUGUCCCCACUCGGUGGAACAGUACAUUUCUCAUGAUGGAAAGCCUUCUGGAACAAAAGCAUGCACUAGCUACAUAUGCCGCUGACCACGACCUUCCUGCAAACCUCACUGCGCAACACUGGGGAAUAAUUGAAAACUUAAUCAAUCUUCUCUCCCCAUUCGAACAACUGACACGAGAUAUCAGCUCAUCCGAGGCGUCGGUUGCUGACGUGAUCCCCUCGGUGAGAGCUCUGAGGCGCCUUUUAAGCAAGACUGCUGAUACAGACCAUGCCGUUAAAACAACAAAGACUGCAUUAUUAGAGUCUGUGAACAAACGGUUCAGUGAGUACGAGUCUAAUCCCACUUUCUUAAUUGCAACGUUACUGGACCCCCGCUAUAAGGACCGUUACUUUAAUGAUGAUGUUAAACUACGAGCUCGAGCAGCACUUGACGCGCUGGUGGACACCUCUGCUGGGGAUGAGACGCAUAGAGAGACUGCUGAUGAAGAUGACCACCCAACGAGUGUCGAACCACUGCAGAAGAGGGCACGAAUAGAUGAGGAAGAACGGGAACGGCCCAGUCUGUACGACAUGUUUGAGGAGAUUCUGCAGGAAAAGGGACCACAAAGGCCAAGGACGAGGGUGUCAGAGCAGCUGGAAAGUUUCUUCGCAGAGGCCACCAUUCCUAGAAAUGCAGCUGCAGUUAGAUAUUGGCAGGACCAUCACCAGCGUUUCCCAGCACUGGCGCGAAUCGCCCGCAAAUACCUCUGUGCCCCAUGCACAAGCGUGGACAGUGAGCGGCUCUUCAGCAGUGUAGCUCACGUUUUGGAUGAGAAGAGAAAUAGACUGGCCCCUGACAAGGCAGAGAUGCUCAUCUUUGUAAAGAAAAACAUGCAUCUUACUAGGAAGUAGAGGCCCACAAUAAGGGAAGGCUUUUCUUUUGUGUCUAUUUGGUUUUGUUCAAGACUGAGGCACAUGUUCAGGUGAAAAUGUGAAAGAUAGCCCUAUUUGACUUUGUAUUUAUUUAAUUUUUCAUACUUAUUAUUUAAUUUGAUGUUGCUUUUCUAGUAUCUUUUACAUUAUUUAAUUUAAUAUGUUUAAACAAAAUGUUUUCA